GCUCUGAGACACCAGCUCCUGGUUUGAGUGACAGUAAUACCCCAGUUAGGACCCUGCUGGGCAGAGAGAUAGGAGCUCACCAAACUUAUCUCGUACUGACACCCCCCAACACCCACUACAGACCCUGUGGUACAACAAACUAGAGUUACUGCCUUGUGGUUGUCUGCCUCCACCAACCAGUGAAGUUGCAGGUUAUAUCCUUGUCUGUUCAGACUGUCAUAUAUGUAUGUAGUGAAGAUUAGAAAGGAAUUUAACAGAGGGACCUAAUAUUUGAGAAGUUUUGGAUUCUGUUCCCAAGGUAUGGCACUGCAUAAUGACCAGAAAUAUGCUUCUACAGAACAUUCAGAACAUUAUGCAUUAUGAGAAUGAAGAUUGAAGAGUUUUAUUUUGUCACAUACUCAUACAGUAUGUGUAGUGAAAUGCAAAGUGACUGUUUCUCAAGGCUGUGCAAUAACAAUAAGACAGAACUUGUGUUGACCUUUGACCUUUUGGAUAUAUACUGUCAUGACUUAACCAUUUUAUGCUCUUAGACAGUUGUGUGAAAUGUUGUCGUAAUUCAGGUAUUAACGUUUGAUGGUGAAAAAUGUGCUUUGUGAGAUCCUUUAACCUUUGAACACCAACAUCUAAUCAGUCCAUCCAUGAGUCCAAGUUGACGUUUGUGCCAAAUCUCAAUGGGUUUAAGAGAUAAAGUGUUCACAAGAAUGGGAGGGACAGGCAACAGCCUGACAGCAUACAGCCUCUGGCCUUAGCUAUCAUCAAUGUGGAUACAUAAAGAAGAUAUGGGCUUCAUUCACGUAAAACAGCAGUUAUACAUUUUGAUGCUAGUAUUUCAGGAUUAGUUGAGGCACCACUGAACAGAAGGUAAACUGCACCGGAAUACUUCUUAAAGCUUGGUCUACAAAAGUUAUCCCAGUUAUUGAUAUUCGGUUGACUGAUGUAGUUUGUAGGUCAUCUAAAUGAAGAAUAUAGCUCUAAUUUCCUUAGCAAUCAUACUAAUGAUACAGUUAAUGCGCACACAGUUCUGUGUUUCAGACUGACCCAAUGUUUGUAAGGACGAAUCCAGCAGGUUCGUUGGGCCAAAUAUAGCUGUUAUCAGCCACCACAGCAUGAUUGUGCAUUUCACCAGAAGGAGCACUGAACGUAUCAUCAGCUUAUGGGAAUAGUAACAGAUGAAGCCACAAAACCACCAGCUGCAAGACCACUGAGAAAAGAAAUUAUUCCUCAACACACCCACUCAUCACGUCCUCUGGUUAUCAAACAAGCUCAGUGCCAUAAUGGUCCACAAGAAGGAAGUACAAAAACUAAAAAAAAACAGCAAUGGGGAUGAGGAGGUUGAGUUUCUGGUGAAGACAACAGUAGAGAGACUCUCAGGGAGGAUGGAUGAAAGAACCAGAGCCAUGAUUGUUGUUUUUCUGUUCUGUGUGUUUGCAGGUGUGCCAGCAGAGGGCCAACCUCUGCUGGAUGUGUGUGCAACCUGCCACGCUAAUGCCACAUGUGACAACAAGUCAGAUGGCUCGGGCAAAGUUUGUAACUGCAAGUACGGCUUUGUUGGAAAUGGAAGAACCUUCUGUCAAGACAAAGAUGAGUGUCUGAUUGGUGCCAAGCUCUGUGGGCAACACACCACUUGUCACAACACAUAUGGCAGCUACUACUGUACCUGCUUGGCCGGCUACAGCCCUUCUAACAACAUGGCCGUUUUCAUCCCUAAUGAUGGAACCCACUGCCAGGACAUUGAUGAGUGCAGGAUCACAGGGCUGUGUGGAGACGGAGGUCAGUGCAGGAACAUUGAGGGCAGUUUUGACUGCAGCUGUAUGGUGGGAUACAAAAUCCACAAUGGAGCUGAGCCUUUUCACCCAAUGAGAGACAAAGCUUCCUGCAAAGUGGUUGACUGUGGGCCGCCUGUCUCAGUGGAGGACACGGUGCUACUGUCGGUCACAGGAACCACAUACAGCAGCGUGGUCAUGUUUGGCUGUGAUGAAGGUUUUGUGUGGAGGACAGGAGACAACAGCUCUGUAUGUGGAGCUGAUGGACUGUGGAGAGGACCUACUUUGGUCUGUGAAGAGGUUGACUGUGGCUCCCCCCCUGCCCUCCCUCACUCUCACAUGCUGUGGAAUAAGAGGUCGAGGAUGGGCACUGAGGUGGUUUAUCAGUGUAACUCUGGAUAUCAUAAUGUUGGAAAGGGAAAUAUCUCCAUCUGCACUGCAGCUGGUCUGUGGGAGAGAUCCUCUGUGCUCUGUCAAGAGAUCUUGUGUGGAAGUCCUCCUUUAAUUGAAUCCACUGAGCAGGUGUGGAACAGUAACUCCACUCCUGGCAGCACUGUGCUGUAUUUCUGUAAAGAUGGUUUUUAUUACAACGGAGGGCAUAAUAUGUCCAUCUGUGAUAAAAACGGUCUGUGGACACCACCAACUCUGUUGUGCCAAGAGAUACUAUGUGGAGACCCUCCUAUUCUGCCACACACUGGCCAAGUGUGGAAUGGCAGCUCCACCCCUGGAAGCACAAUGACUUAUUACUGUAAAACAGGAUUUUAUCACAAUGAGGGAAACAAUAUGUCAGUGUGCACAGUUAAUGGUUACUGGACAAAGGCAGACAUUUCAUGCAAAGAAGUGGGCUGUGGUGAGCCUCUCCCCAUCCCUCAUUCAGUGAUGCUGUGGGAUAAACUCUCCACUGUGGGCUCUCAGGUUGUUUAUCAGUGUAACCCUGGAUAUGUUAAUGUUGGAGGUGGGAACGUGUCAGUUUGUACUGCCAGUGGAGAAUGGCAUGAAGCCUCUCUCCUCUGUCAAGAAAUCAAUUGUGGGGAGCCUGUUUUUAAAGCCCAUGCUAAAAUGUUAUGGGAUGGCAUGUCACACGUUGCUAGUGUGGUGUUUUACCAAUGUGAGGAAGGAUAUCGCACCAGGAGCCUAAAAAACUACUCAGUAUGUGGAGAGAGUGGACUGUGGGAGGAUAUUGAUCUGUGGUGUGAAGAAAUAAGCUGUGGUCCCCCAUUAACCCUCCCACACACUAACCUUCUGUGGGACCGCUCCAGCACCCCGGGCAGUGUUGUGAUGUAUGAAUGUAUGGAUGGAUUUUACCAGGAGAGUGGAAAUAAUAUUUCAUCAUGUUCACUCUCAGGAGAGUGGGGGAAAGUGUCUGUGAAGUGCAAAGCUAAAUGUGGCCCAGUUCCCCUUAUUGCCAACUCAGAGGUGGUGUGGCAUAACAGAAGUGUGGUGAUCCACCGCUGUGUGGUGGGAUACCACAGCUGGAGGGGCAACUACGUGUCUGUGUGUGGCAGCUCUGGAGCCUGGCAGAAAGCUACUCUAACAUGCAUAGAAAUCAAGCCUCCAAUCAAUCACCUAUUUAUCUUUAAUGAAAAUUGUCUGCGUUGGAAAGCAGAGAAGUAUGAGGAGGAUACAGAAGUUUAUAGGGUGACUUACACUGGCUCCAGAGACUACCAGAAAUCCUUUCAUGACAAAAGGAAACGGUUUUUGAGCUCCAAGGACGACCAGCUGGAACUCUGCCUCAACCUGCUUCCAGUAACCAACUACAGCAUCUCCAUCACUGCGACGUUGGCCAGAUUCACAGCCAGCAUCACCACCAACACCAGUUUACCAGUACCUCUAGCACCAGUCAUCUACUACAGAGAAUUUGAGACUCCUUUGCCAACUCUGAGGCUACGUAGAUCACCCAGCACUCUGGAUCCAAUAAGUUUUUACCAGGUGUUUGUGCUUCCUGUGGAGGAGAUUAUGAUGUUUGACUGCUCCUCUCCUGUGAGCUUAGAUGGCUCAAGUAAGAUAAAGUCACCAUCAGAGUACAUCACUGCCCAGUUCGAUGUCCAACAUGUUGGGACAGACAUGAACUUUACUGUAGGGGAUGGGCUCCUCUAUGGAGGCGUCUAUAACACACCACUGCAGAGUGGCAACAACUAUUAUAUCAUCCUACGAGCUGUCAGUCAGUGGAGGACGGCCUUGACAAGUAGUUGUAUCCUGUGGGCUAAAGUAAGAGGUACAUCAUAUGUUCUGAAGAUUUCAUCGCUUGCUGCUACUGCAUUAAUAGGACUAUUUGCCGUGGUUCUUCUGGGGACAUACAGUUUCACCUGGUGUUGGAAAAAAAACAAGGCACUCCUGAGUGCUGAUGUUCUGUAACUACAUCCCUGACUUCCUAUCUGUACAUUUUGUAGAUAAUUAUAUAAUUAUUAUAAAAUAAUUAUAAUAAAACAUUUUCAAUAAUA